UGGGUAACCUGUGCCAGCAUGCCUCCACUCUUAUAGCAGAAGAAUUCUUCCUUGUCUCAUCUAAAUUGACCCUCAUUCCUAUGAGACAGUUGCUUUACAUAUUUAAAGGAUGUACCAGUGACAGGGUUUCUUUGUAGAAACUACCAAAAAUCCUAGUGCCUGCUUAUAUCUAGAGAAGCUAUUUUCAAUCACUUUCAUUUGACUGAGUGUGAACACUUGCUAUGCUAUUACCACUAGCAGGCUCAUGUCUUGUCAGCAAGAACUGAACCUAUUCAAUGUAAUAGCUUCUUUCAUAGUCCUAAUAACAGGCUGAUCCUUAAAUACAAAAGGGAAUAUGUAAAUACACAUGAACAUGAUUUGUAUUUUGGCCAGUGCUUGUAAAUAAAGUAAUGAAGAAAAGUGGAGGAAAACCCACUUGCAAGUGCUUCCUUCCGGGGGCUGAGUGUAUUGCCAAAAGCUGCAGUGGGUGGUUCUUCAUAUAGAAAGCAAGUGUUCUCAGUGUUUUACUCACUUUUGGGUUUUUCCCUGCUUGCAUAUCUUAACCUUCUACAAGAGUGGCUUUCAGCUCCUUACUUCUUAUUUACUGCUUUAGGAGUGCUGAUAGUUUUCCUUACUCGUGGAGCUGUGGAUCCUCAGGAUGGUAUGUUGAGGUGUUGCUCAACUAGCCCUUGGGCUGUGCUGAGUAAGGCUGGAGCACAGAGCUGUCCUUGAACAGCACUGGGAGUUGUGCAACAGCCCUUGAGAAGGGUGGUUGAGAAUAGCUCAGACCACAGCCUGGUGUCUGCUUGCCUGUGGUUUGAGGCAGCUGAUCUUUAUCUUACUGUGAGCUCGUGGAGUUCGCUCUUAUCAAGCACCACUUCCAGGAACUGGCAGUUUGAGGUGAGGGUAUGUGUUAGGAACACGUGUUAACAUCCUCUGCAUUUUUAUGGUCAGUUGAACAGAGGCUUGCUCAGGUGGGUACUGAUCCCCUCCAGUAUUCUGAAAAAAGCUAGGUGUUGGCACAUGGCAAUCCUUCCUCUUCCAGGAUGCCCAAACUCCAUGGAAAAUAUUAGCUUUUAGCAAGCCUUGCUCUAAAAGCAAAGUGCACAUUCAUCUGAAAACUCUUACUAAAUAAGUUGGACUUGAUCACUCUACAUUCUAUGAUUCUAUUUCAAAGGAAAAAUAUUCUUCCCUUUGCUCAGUGUGCAAGUGUAACUUUUUCUUUUAUUUUUCUUUCUUUAGGCACGGGAUCGAACAUUCUUUCUGCUCUGCAGGAUUUGUUCUGGCUCUUGAAAUCCAAAGUAGAGAAACAACUCCAAAUCAUCUCUGUGCUGCAAUGGGUUCUCACUUUCCUUAUCAUGGGUAUUGCUUGCACUUUAAUCCUCAUGUACAUACUGUGCACAGAUUGCUGGGCGAUUGCUGCUCUAUAUUUAGCUUGGCUGGUAUUUGACUGGAAUACACCAAAGAAAGGGGGAAGAAGGUCCCAGUGGGUGAGAAACUGGGCCAUAUGGAGGUACUUCAGGGAUUAUUUUCCAAUAAGACUGGUUAAAACCCACAAUCUGCUGACCACCAGGAAUUACAUUUUUGGGUACCAUCCACAUGGCAUCAUGGGCUUGGGUGCCUUUUGCAACUUCAGCACAGAGGCCACAGGUGUCAGCCAGAAAUUCCCUGGGAUUCGACCAUACCUUGCUACCCUGGCUGGGAACUUCAGGAUGCCCAUAUUGAGGGACUACUUAAUGUCUGGUGGUAUAUGUCCUGUGAACCGUGACAGCAUAGAUUACAUAUUGUCCAAGAAUGGCAGUGGCAAUGCCAUCAUCAUCGUGGUUGGAGGGGCAGCAGAGUCCCUGAACUGCACCCCAGGGAAGAACUCUGUGACACUGAGGAACCGGAAAGGAUUUGUGAAACUGGCUCUACGGCAUGGAGCGGACUUGGUUCCUGUCUACUCCUUUGGGGAGAAUGAAGUGUACCAGCAGGUGAUCUUUGAAGAGGGUUCCUGGGGAAGAUGGGUUCAGAAGAAGUUCCAGAAGCACAUUGGCUUUGCUCCAUGCAUCUUUCAUGGCCGUGGCCUCUUCUCCUCCAACACCUGGGGGUUGUUACCUUACUCCAAGCCCAUCACUACUGUUGUUGGCGAGCCCAUCACCAUCCCCAAAAUUGAUAAUCCAUCCCAGAAGGAUGUGGACUUCUACCAUAGCAUAUAUGUGGAUGCCCUGAUCAAACUCUUUGACAAAUACAAGAGCAAAUUUGGCCUGCCGGAGACUGAGGUCUUGGAAGUCAACUGAAGGCACUGGCUCAGCAGCAUCUCCUCUUCUCAGAACUGACACAUCUUUUCCAGGAGUCCAAGUUGUCAUUGUGUACUUGAAAGCAUGUGUGGGUGUAUGUGUCCUUCAAAGCAAGUGUUUAAAGUACUGCUAGACCACUUUAAAAGAAUAAUAAAGAAAGGCUUUGCUUUAGAGAAAUCCCAUUACAAACAUCUUUUUAUACCAAAAAAGCACAACUCCCCAUUGCUGUGAGGAUUUUGAUAAAUGAUUGCCUUUGUAAUCUGCUAUAUUGGAUCACCAGCAAUGGAUUAGAAAAAUCCCUACAGCUACUGUACCCACUAGCACAAGCAAUUUUGGGAAAGUAGGAUGCAUCUGGUUUUCAACCUAAAAAGCAGCAGGUUGAUUUGAGCAGCAUGGCAGUUUUAGAAGUGUGUUGCACAAGAGCCCUGUUGAGACAUGCUUAUGUAGCACAAGAGUAUUUCUGCUUUGGAAAAGCCCUUUCUGGUAGUACAGUUGGGCUGCCAACCCCCCUGGUGUGGCAUCUAUGCUUGAUGGUGCAGGAAACCAAGUGGGAAGAGUCAGGUGAAUCUUGAUCCAUAGUGUAGUGGAUGAUUUUGUGGCUGUAAAUUCACCACUGUAUUUGAAAUGUCAGUUUAGAAGCAGGUAUGUCCCAGGUGCUGUUAGCAUGGAGGCUUGCAGCUGGAAAUAUGGGACUUCUUCACAGCCAUAAAACUCCAAGGAUAAGCUCUAGGAGCUGUGGGAUGGUGCAGUCACGUAGCUCUGGUUUUGCAGACCUCUAGGGUAGCCCCUAGGGGGAAAAUGCAGUGGGACUAUUGAUGUAAGUGCUUUGGAUCCCAGAAGUAUUUGGGGAAAUCUAGAAGUAACUUCUGGCCUGAAGAUGGCUUUUAAUUACUCCAUCCAGUGAAUGUAAAGGAGUAGCCUUUGCACACAUAGGAAUUAAAGUGAGCUACUUUUAAAAGUAUUUAUAAACUGUUUACGUGGAUGUUAACAUUGCUUGUAGUGAGAUUUCUUGAGAAUACAAUUUGUUUAUGUGUAAACCUGAAACACUGCACUACUUGCAUGUCUGACCUGCCUUUUCAACCAUUCAGUUGAGUGUAUAUUGAGCUCUGAAAUGUGCCUUUCUUCCAUGCAAGAGGAUGGUACUUCACAUUCCUGGAAUCUUGCCUCUAAAGACAAAUGUUCAUCUGUCAUAUUUGAUAGAUUAUUGUAUUACAGAGUAUUAAUUUUUGUACAAAUUUCUAGAAAUAAACUUGGGCAAAAAUAG